AUGUGGAUCUACAGGUCCAUGCGGUUCAACACCUCCACCUGUUGUACCAACUCCAUCUGGUUCGACCAUUUCGUGCAGUCCAACAUCCUCCGUUACCCCAACGACAAAAAAUCCCUAUCACGGAAAUCACAGGUUUACCACAGACCACCCCUCUCCCGUGUGGAUCUUCUGGACCAGUAUAGCACAGCACCACCGCCUGCAUCCGAUUCCCCCCAAUGCAAUACUGAAACGCCUUUCACAAAGACUACACUGACACCACCCCCUGUCACCAAAGCGUCAGAAACGACAGCUCCUUCCUGCGGAUCUACUGUCCCAAGCAGUCAACCAACACCACAGUCUAAUGCAAUUCCCUGCGGAACCCUCACACCACCACCAACCACAAAAGCAAUUGUUGUUACAGAAGCAACGGGGAUACCACAAACAACUGCUCCUUCAUGUCAAACCACUGCAGGUUCGUCAUCCACACCUGCACAAGAAACAACUCCAUGUGGUGACAACACACCCUUCACGAAGACCACAUUAACACCUCCAUCUUCCACUAAGUCUGUUGCUGUCAUCUCAGAAGUACCAGCUCCAUCUGGAUCAACCGUUCCUUGCAGUUCUGCAUCUGGACCUACACCAUCACCCACCACAAAACAAAUUACAGUGAGUGAAAUUGUGACGUGUAGCAUUCCAGAGACAACACCUGGGUCAGUCACAACACCUUUCACCAAGACAACGCUGACGCCACCACCAACAACGAAAAACGUUCCUAUCACAGAAACGUGUGCACCUCAAACAACACCUCCAUCAUCUGGAUCUACUGUCCCAUGCAGUCUCACAACAAACGUUGUCCCAGACACAACUCCUUCUGUUGUUACAACCGUGACACCACCACCAAGCAGUAAGAACCCUCCACCUCCAGAAACACCUCCUCCAUGUGGUGGCUCUUCUACAGGUCAACCAGGAGCUCCCUGCAGCAGUUCCAUAGCUCCAACACCUUCACCUACAACCAAAAUCAUUCCCAUAGAGACAACAGUUCCACCAUGUGGUUCGAGCAGUCCAUGCAGUUCUCCAGUUUCUGAACAGACCCCUGCACCGACAACGAAAGUAAUCCCAGUUACCGAUAGUGUUACCUGCAGCCCCGGAACUUCACCUGGAUCAGGAUUAACACCUUGCUCAACGCCACCACCUUCCACCAAGACAACUCUAACUCCUCCACCAAGCACAAAGCAAGUGCCCAUUACAGAGGUAACGAGUGUGCCAAUAACAACAGCUCCUGCAAGUGGGUCUACAGGCCCAUGCAGCCUAUCGCCAACGUCUGGAUCAGAUGUCUCUUUGUGCAGCACUACAGUCCCAUCAUCUAAGACAACUCUGACACCACAACCGACCACCAAAAACAUCAUUCCAGAAUCAACAGGUUCAAUUCAAUCAACAACGUAUGCAUGUGUUUCCACGACUCCGGGACCAGAUAGUAGUUCCAGCUCAUCAACCCCGAUCACCAAAACAACUCUGUCAACAAUACCGACCACCAAAGUUGUCCCUGGCCCUGAGCCAACCACCGCUCCGUGUGGGUCUGUGAGUUCAUUCAGUCCUAUUGCUACAUCGGGGAUAGACAUCACGACUUGCAAGCCUGAAACGCCGUUUACCCAGACGACGCUCACGACAGCACCGAGCGCUAACAUUGCAUCCAGCACAGCGCCGAUAAGUGGGGGUGAAGUAACCUCUGCGUGUGGCCCCACAACACCGGGACAAGACAUCCUGACAUCACCGUCAAUCAUUGAUGUUGUGUCCACACCUGCGCCAGGUGGCUCUUCGGGCCCUUGCAGUCCGACAACAUCUGUGUCCGUCACAACGGUGAGCAGCACCACGGUGCCCAUCACGAAAACGGAACCACCGACAACGAAAGUUGACAUCGCAACGGGCGUCAUUGUAACAAUCCCUCCAUGUGGCUCUACAACUCCUGGCUCUGGUGUCCCCUGUGAAUCGACAACAGCCGUUAGCAAGACAACAGUGGUGCCAUCCGCAAUCAAAGCUGUCGUCCCUCCAGCUGAAACAAGUGUAAGUCCAUGCAGUUCCACAGUGGUUGGGCCGAACUCGACACCUUGUGGCGUUUCAACAUCUACCCCACCGCCAACUACCAAAGGCACUGUCAUUUCAGGAGAAACGCCAUCGUUUAGCUCUGCAAUCCCAUGCAGUUCUACAUCACCACCCUUGCCACCACCAACCAUAAACAUUGCUCCAGUUGACGGCGUUGUAACUUGCAGUGUUACAGAGUCAUCACCGGGCUCAGGAUCAAAUAUAAUACCACAAGGCACAAACGUCAUCUCUACCACAGUGCCAUGUGGAAGCGAGAUUCUCCCUCAAAGUGGUUCAACGGGUCCAUAUGGUCCAACUUCAGCUGGGGCAUAUUCAUCUCUGUGCAGUACCACAACACCUAUCACCAAGACCACUCUGACACCACCUCCGGUCACUAAGGAAAUCCCUCCCGUUGUAACAACCCCAUGUGGUUCCAACAUUCCAUGCAGUACGACAUCACCGGUUACUCCACCACCAACGACAAAAGUGAACCCAAUUACUGGCAUUGUAACAUGCAGUCUUCCAGCGACCUCACCAGAUACAGGUGUGACGGCAUCUGUCACUACACCUCUCACACCACCGCCAAGUACAAAGGUCAGCUCAUCUGUCGAAACAGCACCUCCAUGUGGGUCGACAAGUCCCAGUGGUUCAACCCUGCCACCUGGCUCGGUCACGCCAACUUGCAGCGUCGCCGAAUCGACGGCACCCACCAAAGUUGCCUUUGCCCCAGGAGCAGUCCUGCCAGGCGAUUCGUCCAGCGCUUGCAGCGCAACGACAUCUUCACCGACACCGCUGCCGACCACGAAGGAAGUUUCAAUCACGACCGUAGCUUGCAGCCCUCUGGAGACAACGUCUCCGCUGACCAAGACAACGCUCCCGCCGGCGAACAAAGACACGGCGGACGCAGCCUGCACAACUCCGUCGAGCGCUGCUGUUGUGAGCGAGACGACACCUUCUUCGAGUGGGUCCUCCGCGCCAUGCGGUCCGACCACAUCCGGACAAGCCAGCUCUGCCUGCAGCACCACGACGCCUUUCACCAAGACGACCUUAACGCCACCGCCGGUCACCAAAAUUUCAACAGACACCGCGGCUCCCUGCUCAGCAGGGUCAGGCCCCGUGGCUACGACGGGUCCGACGUCCGGCUCCGUCAGCGAGAGCAGUCCCUCGUCUUCGCCGGCGCAAACAACGCCCGUUGUGUGCUCAUCGUCGAGCAGUUCUGCUCCCUGUAGCCCCGUCGAUGUCUCCUCCGUGAAGGCGGUGGUGAAUCAAUUGACGGAUGCUCCCUGCACGACCACGUGCAGCCCCGCCGAACAGAAGUCUCCCAAGCUCGUGGCGGCCAUCGUCUCCAAGCUGAAUCCCGAGGCAGUGGUGCUGCCCGGAGCGUGCCCGGGACUCUGCGACACGUCCCACUGUCCCGCGCCGUGCCCCGCUGGCACCGUGUGCGAUGGCCUCAAGUGCGUGGACCCGGCAGACUGCCCCUGCUUCGUCAGAGGCAUCGCUCGCAAGAGCGGUUACAUCUGGAAGGAGAAUUCUGGCUGCACCACGUGCAUGUGCGUGGCUGGACAGACGCAGUGCGUGGAUGAGCAGUGCAGCAUCUGCUCCUGUGCCGAGGGUGAGCACCCGGUGGUUCCAGAGGGCGAAUGCUGCCCAGUGUGCGUGCCUAUGCCGUACGCAUGCAGGGACCAGCGUGGAAAUGAAUACAGGCUGGGCGAGGUGUUCGCGCUCCCGUAUGACGCGUGCCAGCAGUGCACCUGCACGGAGGCCGGCCUCUCUUGCUCGAUCGUUGUCUGCGCCGACACCAGCAGGCCCUGCUGUGGGACCAACGAGAUGCUCGUGCAGGUCAACGUGGGGGCAUGCUGCCCCGUCUACGAGUGCGUGUGUAACAAGAGCUCCUGCUCUGAGGUGAAACCCGUGUGCAACGACUACGAAGACCUCGUCGUGACCAACCCUGGCGCCUGCUGCGAGGAAUUCGCCUGCCGUUGCAAUCCCAACAAGUGCCCCCUGCCCACCGUGUGCGCGCUGAACCAGCGUCGCGUGCGCGUCAACAACGACACGGAGUGCUGCGCUGUCUACAAGUGCGAGUCCCCAGCUUGCGUGAGCGCUGGACUGACCUAUCAGGUCGGAGAGAAGUGGUCGCCCAACCAGGACGUGUGCGUCGUGUGUGAGUGUCGCUGUGACGGCGUGAGUGUCUACGAGUUCUGCACGGCCACGCAGUGCCCCGAAGUGGACCCAGGCUGCCCACUGAAUGCAGUGAAGACGACCGCUGACGGCUGCUGCAAGUACUGCGACUACAAAGCGGUCGGCUGCAGCGUCAGCUCGGCACCGCAGUUCCUGGAAGCGAACGGCUGCGUGUCGGAGACGCCCGUGAACAUGACCCAGUGUGACGGGCAGUGCUCGUCGCAGUCCGUGUACAGCGCGGCGUCCAACGCCUACCAGAAGGAGUGCAGCUGCUGCUCGGCCCUCGAGACGGUGACGCUGACGGCCACGCUUCUCUGCCCCGAUGGCUCGCGGGUUCUGCACGCGUACGAGGCGGUGACGCGCUGUGCCUGCAUGUCCUCGCAGUGCGGGCCCGAAAGCCCGGUGCACUCGAUCGCGUUGAUGUAAAACCCCCCCCAACACCCCACACACACCUCCCUCCCGAAAAGCAUGGAGAACACGCAGAUGCGCAUUUGUUACAAACCUUCCGGAUCUCAGCGCGUGGUGGACAAGCUGCGCCUGCGUGGAAUUAUUUGAUUGCAGAAAUGAAUGUAAGGAAUUAAAUGUCAGGGAAUGUUUAGGAAGGCAGCGGCGCAGAUUUGAUUUUGAGCGAGUGAACCGUUCUAUCGGUAUCAUGGCGUGAGAUGAAGGGGGUCCAUUUGGAACGCUCGUAAAACAGUCCAUCGCCCCGUAUCAGAGAAUGGUCCUUUGGAAAGGGAUAUCGAGAAGCUACUUUGUCAGUCCACUGCUGGGAUUUUGGCAGUUACUGGUGACCGGGCUGCGAUCGUUAUCUCAUCAAAUUUAGCGAGCUGAAAUCCGGAUUCAAACCCAGGAUCUCAGAGUAGGCAGCCCGGUUGCCCUGAACUCUGUGCCACCUGGCCACCUCCCAGCAUGUCAUGGAAUGUUACAGGCAUCACAAUGCUGUAGGUAUCACAAUGCUGUAGGUAUCACAAUGCCAUAGGUAGCACAAUGCAGGACUCCAAAGAAGAUUCGGGUGACUCGGUUAGGCUUUCUUGGGUAAAUAAUUUGCACCAUUACGAGGUGUAUGGCACGGUGUGUACACGAUGGAAUUCAUUCCUCCAGGUGCUGCGAGCGUUUUGAGGUCCGGCAGUGAUCUGCGUCAGUGUUUUUCGGGAACGUGUGAAUUAAAAACAACAAGCAUAUCGACUCGACAAAGAGGCGACAUGAUUGGUCGCAUAGUGCUUAUUAGUUCUCUUAUUUUCGUUUGUUUAUGAUUCUUGCGAAUUGUUACAAAGAUGGCUUCAGUAUGGAGAUUCUACUGACACUGCGCCAAGGUAACUUUUGUUGUGUAACUGCUGCCAGUAAACAAUUUGAACCUUACAUCGAGUGGAGAUUCUAGGACACGGUAAAUAGGGCGCAAUAAGGGUAGGCACCAACUAAUAUGGGAGUGGGGGGGGCAUUUAUAGCCAUGUCCUCAAUGUAAAACUCUAUGAGUGGGAUGAGAUUGUAAGAGCACACCUUAGAUCGUGAUAUGUCGACUGUGCAACCGCUUAUGGCAUCUGGCCGAAAAAAGCAAUGGCAAGUGUGUCACGUUUAUGGAAUAUUUGGCUGCUAAUACAUUUCCACGUGACGAUAAGCCACUUCGUUGGGCUAUCGUUUGCGAUGACCAGGUCGCUUCUUAAAAAAAAGCUGUACAGCUCAGUGGGCCUUACCUGAUAAAAUAAAAUAGUGUGCAGUUGUAUAUUGAACUUGAGCGCCUUUCCAGCCACCACAAGAAGCUGCCUCUGAAUAGUUGGCAGCAUCUGGCACGUGGCAGAGCGGGGGGCACUGUUGUUUAUUUGAGUGAAUUGUCCCCCUAAGACACCCCCCCCCACCUCACCCAACCAUAUAUUCACCACUGCCGAGACCUAACACGACUUCCAUCUUACUGGCAUCGAGUUAUACGAUAGAGUAUUGAGGCUGCAGCUGGUGUCAAUGUAACUUUUACUGGAUCCGAGUUAACAUGUGUGCGCAAUGACUGAGGGCGUCUGUUAUACAUACCUCACUGAAAUUGAAUUAGGAUGUAUUGCAGCAAAUGAAGUCACGCCUGUACAAAUCACGUCCGACUGUCCACAACAUAAUAAUAUACACGUGUACUUAUAGUUCAUGGCUGGGAAAUGAUUGUUUUCAUGACAAUGUGGUGAACAUUUGAAAUGUCUCCUUUGUAGACAAGGUUGAUUAAUAAUAAAUUGUAUCUUAUGCAA